AUGUUUGGAAUUCUUGCAAAAAUUUGCCUCUUAUUGACUUUCUGUACCGUCGGCUGUCAUUCUUCAUUCCUCGACAACCCCACAGUUACGUACCACGCACUGUUUGAGGCAGGCAAAGCAGCUUACUACAAAGAGAAAUGGUUCGAAUGCUACUCACUGAUGUCCAGGGCUCUCACAGACUACAAGUCUUUCCACACAACCACCGACAACUGCAUCAGUCAGUGCAAAAAAUCAAAAUCCAUCGAGUUCGAUGAAACCAAUUUCCUGCAACCGAUCUAUCUGGAAACGUCCAAGAAGGUGGCAACGUGUAUUAAGGAAUGCCUGAACAAGCAGUUUCCUGGCCGGAUCAUCCUUGAGCAGUCAAGUGUGAAGUUGGAAGAGAUUGAAAAGAGUUUCAUCAAUUUGGACCCCUAUGACUAUUUGCAGAUGUGUGCUUUCAAGGCAGAACUAUUUGAGCAAGCAUUUCCAGCGGCUUAUACAUUUUCGCUGGCCCAUCCCAACCAUCCUUACGCACAAGAUAAUGUUGAAUAUUAUCGAAAGUUGCCCGGAUCCAAACCAGAAAUGUUUGUUAAUUUGGAGGCCAAAAAUUAUCAAGAAUUAAGAGAGAAAGGCUUGGAGAUGUACAAUAGCGGUAAAUUUGCGGAAGCGGUGAAAUAUUUGGAAUCUUCGUUGGUGGAAUAUUACUCGGCUCACGAGAGAUGUUCCGAUGUGUGUGAACGACUGCACGCGAAAUAUUUUGAUACUCUCUUCAAUAAGACCAUAGAUGUUGCCGUCUCGAAGGAACAGGCUACUAAGUUACUCGCUGAACACUGGCACAAGGUCUUGAAGUGCAGACAGUUGUGUGGUCAGAGAUUGGCCACAAUUAAUGGAGUGACCAUUGACCAUUAUCAUCUCGAUCAUUAUGAUCAUCUACAAUAUGCCUACUUUCUAUUGAGUGACAUAGAGAAUGCAGUUGAAUGCAUAGCGACCAUUCUACUAUACAACCCAAGCCACGCCAACCAGCUCUACAAUAAGAUCUUCUACUUGAAUGAGAAGUUGGCCAGAGAAGAGCAGUUCAAACCAAGAAAAAAUGCUGUGGACUUUUAUGAGCAGCGAAAUUUGGAAUACAGGAUGAGAAAGGAGGUUGAAGAGGUAUUGAGUAGGGGAAGACAGGCCACCAGGGCAGCCUCCCUGACCUUCUCAUCCCCCGAACUGUACGGCCCCAGAUCCGAUUCUUUCCUCGACUCGUUUGCUACUUUCACAAAUUCUCUCGGAAUUAGUGUAGCCAUUGAGAACGAUGAUUUGAUCAGUGAAGAUGGCGGUCCUGGUGUUGAUGGUGAUGAUGAUGCUGGGGCAAAAAAAAAAGAUAAUGUUGUGGAUAAGAAAGAUGACGUAGUUGAGGGCGGUGCCAAAAAAACCAGAAGGGUCGUUGUUGAUGGUUUGGCAGAUGAGGUUGAGUGCAAGAGGCUUAUUCAAUUAGCUACCAUUGGUAAGAGAGAUAAACUGGACAGUGUGUCAGUCACCGAAGCUGCUGAAUUUGUCCGCGAAGGCAAAGCGUCAAGUGAGCAGGUCGAAACUUACAUGAAAGUCAGUGAGAGAAUUAGACAGACCAUAGAGAGGUAUCACAACAUGAAGACCACCCUGCUCUUUCAUAAGAGUGUCCUCAUGUGCAGAACUAGCGAUGAAGACAAGGUAUCACCUGUUGAUAGAUCAUUGGAUGAUUUUAAUGACUGCUCAACGGAAACGGCUGCCCUCUGCUCGACCAAUAAAAAGAGAGAUUUCUUGUCGAUGUUGUACUUGGAUGCCAAUCAAGACGGGCUGUUCUAUUUUAAGAACAAUGCCACCGAUGAAAAAAUGUCGAAACGGCACAUCCCUGCAAAGCCCGGCCGCCUGAUUGCCUUCACUAACAACGACGGCCACUCUUACGAGAAGUUGAAAUCCGGCAGACGAUGCUCUUUGCUACUGUGGUUCACCCUGUCUCCAUUCUACCAGGAGUUGGAACAUGCGCAGGCCAGGUCCAUUUUGAAGGCUUUCAAAGGGGCGUCCAAAACGACCAAACUCUCUCUACCCACAAUCGACUAUUUGAAAUCGAAGCACUACACCAUCUCCCUGGAUGGCGAUGAUUUAAAUGGCGACGAGAGGUUUGCCGUGGACGGAUUGGCUACUGAAGAUGAAUGCGACGCUCUUAUCAGGCUCACUAACUCUAUAGGAACAUCUGGUAGUGGUUACAGCAAAGGUUUCGCCCACACGAAACAUGAAAAAUUUUUUGGUGUCACCAUUUCAGAUGUUACUAAGAUCGGCGGCUCGUUAGGCGACGGUUACAGCCACAACGCUGCCAAUAAGAAUUCGCCCCACACUAGGUACGAGGUAUUCGAGGGACUGACAGUCGAAGACGCCGUCCAGCUGGCCGCCGAGCACAAGGUACCGAUAAAUGAUGUAGCGCUCUACUUGAAGCUCAGUAAGGAAAUGAAAGAAGUUACCAGAAGGAGUGACUUGAGCCAUCCCAUCCAUUCCGACAACUGCAUCAUACAGCCUGAUAACAGCUGCCUCAAAUCAACAAUGAAGCCACAGUGUGGCCGUGUUGUGACAUUCAACGCCGGCAUAUACCACGGCGUCAAACCUGUUCUAUCUGGUCAGAGGUGUGCCCUGGCCAUCUGGUUCACACUGGAGAAAAGAUUCGCUGAAAAAAGUCACGAGGUGGCCGAGAAAGCCCUGAAUGACCUUGUUAAUAGGGCAUUCGGUCCCAAUGAUUAUUUGCAUGUCGAACUCUGA